GAAAUUGCCUAAAGGUCACACGAGGUCACCAAACAUUUGCAAAAAUGGCAGCCAGCUUCGAAAAAAUUUGCGACGUUGUGUCAAAUGGCAUUGUGCCUGUUACUAAAUAUAGGUCGACUGAAACAGGAUUGACAGUUUGUCUUGCUCAAGUAGAAGGACCUCUUGUGAAUGGUUAUUUUGUUUUAGCCACUGAAGCACACGAUGACGAUGGGCUGCCCCAUACGCUUGAACAUCUUAUCUUUCUCGGGAGUGAAGAGUAUCCGUUUAAGGGAGUGUUGGACAUGCUAGCCAAUCGUUGUUUGGCUCAGGGAACCAACGCCUGGACGGAUACUGACCACACCUGCUAUACAGUGAUGACCGCCGGGAGUCAAGGUUUCAUCAAUCUCAUGCCGAUCUAUCUCGACCAUGUUCUCUAUCCAACACUCACGGAUGCUGGUUACAUCACUGAAGUACAUCAUGUGAACGGUGAAGGGGAAAACGCUGGUGUUGUGUACUGUGAGAUGCAGGGUAGGGAAAAUUCUGGGGAGUCCCGAUGUCACCUUGCUAUGCUGAGAAAGAUGUACCCAGGGCAUUGUGGGUACAAGUCAGAGACUGGGGGAAUUAUGGCCAAUCUUCGGGACUCCACGUCCAACGAGAAAGUUCGCAACUACCACCGUGACUUCUAUCGUCCUGAAAACCUCUGUCUGAUUAUUACAGGCAAGGUUGCCCCGGAGGAGGUCUUCAAGGCUUUGGAACCCUUUGAACAGAAGAUCAAGGCAAAGGGAGCCCUACCCUCACAUGUCCGCCCAUGGCAGUCUCCUGUACCACCCCUCCCAGAGAAAGUGGUAGAGACCGUCAAAUACCCAUCCGAUGAUGAAUCAAAUGGAAUGAUCUACUUGGCCUGGAGGGGUGCAUGUGCUGAUGAUAUGUACAAGAUGUCAGCUCUGUUGAUUCUACUAGAGUACCUGACUGAUACCUCAGUCGCUCCUCUCCAGAGGGACUUCGUUGAGCUGUCGGAUGCCUACUGCAGCAAGGUUCGCUACUCUAUCAUUGAAGCAACGGCCUCGUGUCUCUACCUCAAGUUUGAGAAUGUUCCCAAAGCUAAACUCGGAGACAUCAAUGGAAGGACGUUUUCCCUUCUGAAUAACCUCUCAAACGGCACAGAAGAUAUCGACAUGGUACGCAUGAAGAGUGUGAUCCACCGUCGCAUUCUAGAAGCACUCAACAACAUGGAAGAUAACCCACACGAGACGUUUGCCUUCAUGUGCAUUGGGGAUUUUCUGUAUGAUAAUACAGAAGAAGAGCUGAAGCAACGCUUGAAUCAAGUGGAUGACUUCCGCCGCCUUCAAAGUGAAGAGAAGCCCUUCUGGUGUUCUCUUCUCAAGGAAUACUUUGUCGAUCCUCCCUCUGUAAUGAUCAUCGGAGAACCAAGCGGUGCGGUGGCCAAAGACAUGGCCGACGAAGAGAAGCAACGAGUCGCCAGCCAAGUAGCUGCUCUCGGUGAAGAGGGAUUGAAAACAAAGGCAGACAUACUGGAGAAAGCCAUUGAGGAGAAUGAGAAAGAAGCACCUCCCGAGCUACUGACCAAACUCCCCAUCCCAGACACAGGAUCCAUCCAAUUUCAUCCAUUCCAACGCUACAGCAACCUCCAGGGUGGGGCCGGUGAUACUGGUCUGGAUCUCCAGUCACUACCCUUUACCUUUCAGCUGGAUGAUAUCCACACAAACUUUGUCAAGCUCUCAGUUCUGUUGGAUACAUCCAAGCUAGAUGCAACUCUGAAGCCGUACCUUCCUCUUUAUCUGGAAUUAUUGUUUGAAUCUCCCAUCACUAGGGAUGGAGCUGUGGUAUCUCACGAGGAUGUGAUCACUCAGUUAGCGGCUGAUACACUAGCCACCAGAUCAUCGCUUGGGAUCAGGGGUAGCAGGUUCAGAUGUGGAAAGUUUUCACAGGUUGCUAGUAUUGUCAUCAAGGUGGAAGAGGAGAAAUACAGCAAGGGCGUGCAGUGGCUUCAGGAAAUUCUGUUCCAGGUUCAGUUCACCGCCGACAGGAUCAAGAUUGUCGCUCAGAAGAUGAUCAACGAUGUCGCCAAGCUCAAGAGAGACGGCAGGACGUUGGCGCUCACGGUUCUCAGGGAUAUCAAUUAUUCACCAGAGAGUAAUCACCACGUUGCCUCCAUGAUCAGACAGCAGACAUUCCUAAACAAGCUACUAGAUCAACUCGGCCAAGACCCAUCAACUGUCAUCAAGAACCUCAAUUCUCUCCGUGACCUCUUGACCUCAUCUUCAAACGUCAGAAUCCAUAUGGCAGCCAACAUGAAGAAACUGUCAAAUCCUCAAUCUCCAUGGCAACAGUACUUCAUCGAGAAAGGAGUGAAGGCAGCAGAAAAGAGCUCUGAGGGUCCCCAGCUGUCCUUACAACUGAGAGACAAAACCUUAUCUAAGCCAAACGGUCAGAUUGUUGGUGUGGGUUCCGUUGAGUCGGCUUUCUUUGUCGCAACCGUCCCUUGUGUUGACAGCUGUGCGCACCCCGAUCUACCGGCUGUGAUGGUCUACAUGGAGUGCCUUUGUGCUCUGGAGGGUCCUAUGUGGCGUCAGAUCAGAGGUCUAGGUUUCGCCUAUCAUUACAGCAUGUACAUCCGACCGGAGGAAGGCUUGAUGUACUUCCAGCUCUACAAGUGCACCCAUGUGGUCUCCGCGUACAAACAAGCCAAGGAAAUUGUGGAGGGAUAUCUCUCUGGAAAGACAGAGUUCCACCCCGGUCAAGUUGAGACAGCGAUAAGCAGUGUCUUGUAUGAGAUCAUUGAGAGAGAAGAGACCGUUGCCUCUACUUCUAACGAAUCCAUGAUGAAUUAUCUCAGAGGGGUGGACCAGCAUUACAACAGGGAGCUACUGCAGAAGAUCUCAAAAGUGACCAUAGAAGACUUGAAACGAGUCGGACAAAAGUACUUCAGCCUGCUCUUUGACCCUGCCAAGGCGAAUUGCGCCCUCUGUUGUCAGUCGUCGAAGGUGGAUGAAAUCAAGGAAAGCUUCAAAGCAUUCAACCGUAAUCUGACAAUUAUGGCUUCGCUUGAAGAAGGUCUACAAUGAUGUCUUAGGUUUCCAUGACAACAGCUGAAGAUUCUCUGACAAUUGAUUGCUCGUAGAUUCUGUGACAGUAGUAUGUAAUUGCUCAUAGACUGAUAUUUUCUUCCUGUGAAGAUAGACCCUUGAAAUAAAUGACAUGUUGAUCGCAUUGUUUCUUGAAAAUGAGGAGUAGUUUGUUUGCUUGGAUAUAUUUUUUGCAAAGAUGGCUGCAAAGGAUAUAGUUGAUAUUUCACAGACAACCUACCCAGCUCAAAUUGGUGUACAGUUAUACAAAAUCAGUUUGAUCUGCUCCGCAGAGCAUUUUAGGACUUGUCAGACUUUUUAGCCAAAAAAUUAUGUUUAAUCGGUUCCAUGACAUUUGCUCUUGCGACAGUUGCUCCGCUCUAAAUUCCACACACUAAUCAAAUGACCUACUUCCACCCUGGGUUUAACACUAUACCCUACCAUAACCUAACCCUGGUUAAACCUAACAUGAAACCCUAUUGCAACCCUAACCCUACAUCUUAGACGAAAUAAAGCCCGGAGCAAUUGUUGCAAGAGCAAAUGUCCUGACACUGUUUUAUCUGACAGUUACCAUAGUAACUGUGCUUCUCAGCCAAUCAAAUUCAAGGAAAGUUCUUAGAUCUGACAACUUAUCAGACAAAAACUGUUGAUGAACUGCUCCCCGGGAAUAUCUUACUUGAUAUUCGGUGGAACAUUUUAAGCAGAGUUUGCUAGUGAUUUUCACUAACAUGUGUUAUAAGCUAUUGAAAUCCUUGCUUCUGAUUGGCUGAGACAUAACUAGCCAUUGAAAGUCACAGACAAAACUGUUUGGGAAACACUCCCCUGGCUAUUAUUAUGAAUGUGAUACAAUGGUACUUAAUGGUACUUGUACUUUUAAUUGAAAAUGCAGUUUGUAUUAAAAAUUCAAGCAGAUAUACUAGUACUUGAAAUAAGAAACAGGCAGGAAUUAUGAACACGUUAUUGAUUUCAAGGGCCUAGUUAGAGUUGUUUCAUUUUCAAUGUCCAGUAAUUUUCACCACUUGUGAAAUUGAACAGUUUCAUAGGAAUCUGUGCCUUUUAUGGCAAAUCAUGUAUGUACAUGAAGUAAUAUUAGUUAGUAUUUAUGCACAAUAGCAUAUCUCUCAAAGAGAUAGAUAUAUAACUCGGCAAAAUGCUGCAUUUUUUUUUCAUUUAUGAUUUCCUGUUUUCAUAAAAAAAAAUAGCCAAAAAUGAGGUUGUGUUAAAACAUAAAUGCACGUCCUUCGUUGUUCAUGUAUUUUGUAUUUAUUCCAAGCAGUGGCCUUUCACCUUUGUCGUUAUUUCUAAUUUAUUCAAGCAUAAUAUGCAUGUGGCAUGUCUUGAUGUAAAAUCAAAUUGAAUCUGUCGGCAAGAUGUUGUUUUCAGUGCGUUUUUUUUUUAUUGUUUGUUGUUAGCAAUAUACUGUUAAAAGAAAUAUGAUUAUAAAGAAUUGGGAUGUAAAUGAGUCGUUCUAUGUACAUGUAACUAGAGACAAGUGGGAAAUUGCAAUCAACCUGCGUUCAAUUUCAAAUCAAGCCCAAGUCUCACAUUAGAGUGUAUUUAGAAAUACAAGAGAGUUGAGUAGCAAUUUAAGGCGAAUCAACUACAAAUUUGUGUUUAUUCAAUGGAUUUGCGCAUGAUUUUGGGUGUUACUCUACAUUUACAAUUGAACGUAAGUUUCUUCUACUCCCAUACAAAGAGCUUGAUAUUUCAAGCUCGAACAAUUAAAAUGAAUUUUUUCUUGUUAAGCUAGGUUUUUGCUUAGAAUGCAUAAGUCUUAGUUCUUCAUCACCUUCUACUUUUCUGACAAUCAUAAUUUGUUCAAAUUACAGUCAAAUUUAUACUUGUCAUGCAAGUCGCUCAAUAUCUUAACCCUAAAUAGACUGGGCUAUUUCAACGCCUAAGAAGACUGGGGGGGGGGCUGAUUCAACCCCCCCUUAUGAUCUCUGCCGUUGACCGCGCGAUCGCGACUAAAAUUGGCACGUACGUUACCCAUGGCAUUAUCUACAAAACUAUAAUAUCAAAUUCUGCAAAAAAUCUCAUUGCUCAUUAAUUAUGCUAAUUUAUGCAUAAAAUCAUAAGUUUGCUCUAAUUAAUAAAAUAAUGCCCCUAAAAUGCUCAUUUUUGUUUCACAUACUCUAGAUAGGCAUCUGAUCAAAUUUUUUUUUUUUUUAAUUCAACAUCACAUUUAUUUUCUUAUGUAUUCUAUUGUUUUCUUAAUUUCUUAUGUAUUUCCUUGUUUUUUUACUUUUUUUUUUAAUUGUUUUUUUCAAUGGAAAUUGUCAGGGACUUUAUUUUGACCAUAAAAAAGAUAAAAUCAAUUGAUAUUAAGCAGUAAAAGGAAAAAUAAUGAUACAUAUAUAAAUUUUGGCUAAAAGCACUAUUUGCAUUGGAUUUGUACACAAAUUCACGUUUUUGAGUAAUUUUUGGUCUGCAUGCACUUACGAAAUGUUGCGUAAUUUCAGAACCGCGUACCUGGGGGUCACAAUUUUGGUCUCAAAAGUUGCGCGAGACUUGAAAGUAAAAAAUCAGCGAGCGACGUGGUCAAAAAAUUUUGCACGGCAGAUUUAUCGCGAAAAAUGUUGAGGGGGGGGGGCUGAAUCAGCCCCCCCAGUCUUUUUAGGGUUAAGAGUCUAAUUUUCAUAUUAUACAUGGCAAUCGACUUGAAAAUGAACUCUAGUAAUUUUUUGUGUAAUUGGGGCAGAUUUUUUCAAAUGAAAAUAUGGUGGAAGGACAGGAAAGUUAUUCUUAGUUUCAUAUGAGUCAUUACGAAUUAUAGAGAAACAUAUAGUGGACUUUAACUUGUAAGUUUAUUUUUAUAUCAGUCUACUCGUUCUGAAGCAUAAAAGUGAAUAAGUAUCUGUUUUCCAGUGAUUGUGAUAUACUUAGUAAUAUUGAUUUUCUUUCUCACUUUAUAAUCAUGCAUUAUUUUGAUAAUGUACUGCAUCAUAGCUAGUAAAUAUAUGCUGAAAUAUUAGCAGAGAAGGAAAAAGUAACCAAGUCAAGUAGCGUUUGUCAUUUCAGUCUAUACUGAUAUGAUGAUGGUUAUAUUAUUUCAAUUAUCAGUGAUGUCGAUGAUGUUUAGUGAAAUUUGUACACAUUUAUACAUGUUUUCUCCUAUGCAUAUAAUUGCGGCUGAAAAUACUUACUACUGAGAUCGUUUUGAUUAUGAAUCGUGUUAUCAGUCUUUCAAGAAAUGAUUCUACUUAAAUUCCGUGAUACCUGUUUUGCUAUAGGCGUUUGGAUGUUGCUUAUGUUUGACACAUUGCAUUGUGCAAUUUAGAUGUGUUUGAUAAAGUCUUGUAGGCAUGGACGUUUGUAAUCUUUUUUGCGUGAGCUAUACACUGUCAUCCUUAAGUAGAUGGUUCUCUGUUUAUUGUUCUGCUGUUUUAUUUAUUUGUAUUUCUGAGAAUAAUGGAACACCUUGAUAGCCAUAGCCUUAUAUUUUCAUUUUGUAUAUUUUAUUAUUUAUGUGCCCAAUAAUCCAGACCUGCCAACCAGUACGUUUUAGCCGUAUUUAGUACGUUUUUGCAACCAAAAUACGGCAGUACGUUUUUUCUUUGAAAAAUGUAUUUUUUUUUUUUUACUAAAUCGUAAUUUAUUGAGAAAAAUAAUCUCUAUAUGUCUCUAUUUCAUAAAACGUACACAAAUAUGGUUAUUAGAUCAAUGUAAUUUCAGGUAACUUGUUUUUUUUUUCAAUCAUUUUGUUAAAACCAGGGUGAGAUAUACACAUGUUUUAAUGGGUUUUUUUUCAUCUGCAAGAGCAGUGCGCACUUUAGCUUACAUGCAGCUUGAGCGCCGCGAUGAGCGAGUGCGCCAAGCAUUUUAAUAUGAAAUACACUUUUUUUGGGAAAAAUACAGUUUUUUUUAUCACAGAAUACAGUUUUUCAUUCCCAGAGGUUGGCAGGUCUGAAUAAUCUUCAUAAUGGAAGGAUUGGAUAAUAAUAAUAUAGGAUUUGUAUAGCGCACGUAUCCACCUUGCUAGGUGCUCAAGGCACUCCUAUAUUACCCCUGCUAAGCUACAUGUAGUCUACCGAUUCUGGUGCGCACAGCUUUUUGAGGAAUUACUUCCUGCCGUUUCCAUAUAUUACUCUGCCUCAUUUAAUAUACGUAAAUAGCAAAGCUUAGCUGAGACAUUCUGAAAUAUUCUUUAAUCACAUUAUAAUAAUAAUGAAAAAUAAAUGAGAGCAAAGCACAUAACUCCAUUACUCAUGAUAUAGUGGUAAAGGUGUCGGGCUAGAGUUAAGACUCGUUCGACACUGCACUGAUGUUAAGGCACUGGUUCGAUUCUCACUCAUUAGUUGAUGACAUUGAUGAUAGAAUUUAUUCCAUUGAAAAUAUACAGACUUGAAAUUUUAAAAAUGAUUAAAUGUUCACUCUGUCCGGCAGAUUCAAUGCUGACUUGGCAUAACAACCAGUUGGCCUUUUGAAUAUUUAUUCUUAAAUGAAUAGACCUAUGUAGUGUACAUGUAUCAUUUAACAUUAAACUGGGCAAGUAAUAUAUUAUUUUUAAUUUUGAUGGAUGAAAGUAACAACCAAAAGCCUUAAUACUAACCUUUAAUAACUCCAUUCAUUUGGGCAUCUAGCAAGUGUGAAAUAAUAAAGAUAAGAAAUAGACUUGAUGUUUGGGGGCAAAGUAACAUUUUGCGUAUUUGAUGAGACUCUGCCAUAAGAAAUAGUAACAACUGAGACCCUAAAUGCAAACCUUGAAUAACUCCAUUUAUUUGUGCCUCUAGCAAGUGUAAAUAGCAUUGACUUAUAAAGAUAAGAAAUUGACUAGAUGUUUGGGGUCAAAGUAACCUUUUGCGUAUUCGAUGAAACUCGGCCAUAAAAAAAUAGAUUUUUAUGAUAUUGAAAUUAUUUUCAUUCCGAUUUCUGAUCUGAAGGAUACAAUAUACCCAUUGCAUCAACUCAUGCCAAGAAAUAUUGGCCAUAUCAAACUCUAAAAUUUAUUUACUUCUUUUCAAAAUAUGCACCCUGUCUAUGCAAUAUUUUGCUUUUAAACAAGGCCCAUUUUAAUGAAAUAGUAUGCACUUUGUUGCUUAUCUCCAACGUGGCACAAGCAGUGAUUACUGGAGUGUGGUUCACCAAGAGCUGGGCCCCGUCUUACAAAGAGUUACGAUUGAUCCGAUCAAUCGCAACUAUGAACGGUCAGCAACAUCAACAUGUAUUAUACAAGUUUGUUCAAAAUAUUUUCUAUUCAUUCAUGUAUAUUCACGCAUUACUUUCGUGAAAAUUCACUGUGCUUCUCUUUGUUUACAAAGGACAUUGUGCAAAUUUCCCAUAGAAAAAAAUUAUGACACUGAUGGAUUUCCAUAGAGUUACGAUUGAUUGGAUCAUUGGAUCAAUCGUAUAUCUUUGUAAGACAGGGCCCUGAAAUCAUUUGCAAGAGAAAAUGAAAUUGUUUUUAUGAUAUAUGAUUGGAAGAUUCGGCACAUGAACCAGUCAUAUUGGUAUGAUAAGAAAGGUAUCUGGUAAAAAUUAUUAUAUUCUGGAGCCCGUAACACAAAGCUUAGCAAUGAUCGUAGAACAAAUUUUCAUGAUUGUUUACAAUGUACGUUCAUUCGUAAAAAUUAAGCGUAUGAUCAGUAACUACGCUUUGUGUUAUGGAGCCCUGGGCCCAGUUACAUAGGGCUUAGCAAUCGACCAUGGGCCGAUUUCAACAAUUUGCAAUGAAUAUUGUGUAUGAUCAUUCAUAAUAAUCAGCCCCUCAAAUCGCUAAGUAUUAUGUAACAGGGUCCAGAAACAAAAUGUAAAGAUUAAAAAAAAAAAAAAAAGCCCAUCAAAUUUGAGGGGGUCUACAGGUCCACUUUCGGAAGUAUAUGAACCAAGAGCAUUAACCCAUCGCUGACUGGAACCGACUGAACCCUGUAUUAAAGUCUAUGGGAAGUACAGAAGUUGGGAGUCAAGGUGAUAUGAAGAAACAACCUUGAAGUUUGAAAAAGUCAUGAUUUCUUGUGACAAGGAAAGUAAAGAACAUGUUUUUUUUCUGUGCCUUUUGUACACUUGAGUCUCUACGUUGUGUGUGAAUGUCAUUCUAAUAAAAUAGCAUUAAGAAAUACAAGAUUAA